UUCUCAUGGUUCAAUCUUUAUUUUCUAAAAGUUUGUGCUAGUUUUUUAAAAGACAUAAGUGUUAAAAUCAUGCGCGUUGCACUUUUAGCACUGCUGCAUCUCUCGAUAUGGCUCCACCAAACCGGUUCCACGGAAUUGGGCUGCCGCGACGAGAAUGGCAACUUGGUCGACUGGUACUAUCUGUACAAACUGCCGGAAAAGGUGGCGGCGGGUCGAUCGGAGACCGCUGGCCUUCACUAUACCUUUGUGACCGCGGGUCAGCCUUCCGCUGGUUGGCAGCUGUCCGCACGGAACGUGAACGAAAGCGAGAGUAUUCCGGGCCGUACGGUGGGACCGGUGCUGGGUGCAAAGAAUUUGCUGGCGGUGCUGUACAACGAUGAACCUCCGGAGGGCAAAACCGACGGGCUGCGAGGUCACACGAAGGGAGUGGUGGCUACCGAUGGGACCAGUGGGUUCUGGUUGAUCCACUCGGUGCCAAAGUAUCCGCCGGAGCUGGGUCAGGAGUAUCACUAUCCGAACACGGGUCGGAUGUACGGUCAGAGCUUUCUGUGCGUAAGCUUCGGAGCGGACCAAAUGGAUGCAAUUGGGGGUCAAUUGGUGCUGAACGAACCGCACGUGUACUCGUACCACGUUCCGGACGAGCUGCGCGAGCGCUUUCCCAAGCUGGUGGAGGCAACCCGGAUGAAGACGGACUCGAAACCACCCCACUGGAAGGUUCUGCAGUUGCGAUCCCGAGCUGGGGUGACGUUCAACUCGUUUGCCAAGAAUCGCUACUUCAAGAAGGAACUGUACGCCGACUUGAUUGCUCCGUCGCUGCAGUCGAACCUGCUCGUGGAAUCGUGGCAACACGGGACCGGAAAUCUGCCCAGCGAUUGUUCCAAGCCAAAGUGGACCGUCCUGAACAUCGAGGGCGUCACCAUUGGACAACAGUUUCGCUUUGAAACGCUGCAGGAUCACUCCAAGUGGGCCGUGUCGGGCGAUUCGGAACGACGUUUUAUCUGCGUUGGCGACAUUAAUCGGCAGGAACAUCAGAAGGUUCGCGGCGGAGGAAGCGUCUGCAGCGAGCUGCCCGACGUGGUGGCCGCGUAUGCCGGGAGUGUCGGCAGCGUUGAGAGCUGUCCCAAACCGCGGUUCGAUUUUAGUUUUUUAAGAUUUAUUCAAAAGUAACGUUACAGUUCAGGUCAAUAAAGUAUUCUAAUAUCUAAGAGA